AUGGGGCAUCAUGGGAGCUCCUGGGGCACGGUGUGUGAUGCUGACUUUGACCAGCAGGACGCAGAGGUUCUGUGCAGGGAGCUGGGCUGUGGGGCUCCUAAAGAGCUGCGCGGGGCAGCUGCAUUCGGCCAGGGCGAGGGCCAGGUGUGGGCAGAGGAGAUUCAGUGUAGAGGCAACGAAUCUCAGAUUAACUUCUGCCCCACAGCAGCCUCACAGAAUCAACCCUGCUCCCAUGGAAACGAUGUGAGCCUGGUGUGUUCUGGCAGGGAGGAUGUGAGGAUGGUGAAUGGUAGCAGCCCCUGUGCUGGGAGAGUGGAGGUUUACCAUCGGGGAGAGUGGGGGACAGUGUGUGAUGAUUACUGGGUGCCCUCUGCUGGCUGGGAAUAUUAUUGGUACAAAGGAAAUGGAUCAAGUGGCACUGCCCUCAUUGCCAGUACAGCUGAAGGCUCGUACACCCUCAGUGCUGCAGCUCUUGCACACACCGGGGAGUACAGCUGCAGAGCAGGGAGGAGCAACCCAGUCUGGUACACAGAGUACAGUCCCCCUGUCCACAUACAGGUAACAGGCAGAGUGAUGUAUGGUCUGGUUGCUGCUCCUCUCCUGCUGGCCACCAUUGUACUGUGUGUGAAAUGGUACAGGAGACCAGGGCCGUCUAAUGAAACAGCUGUCCGCUACACUGGAGGGAAUGUGGAAAUUGCCAUGUAAAACACACAGAGGCUGGGUCCGUGUACUCAUGUGAAAUGAGAAUGAAGUCUGAGAGCUCAGGACUCUUUUUUCAUCAUUGUGAUGUUUCUCAGCUUGCAGGAGGGGAAAUUGGGGGUGCAGUCAUGGGGGCAUUUUAGGGAAUGGGAACAGGAAGAUGUUGUGUCUUUAGAGCGCAGCAUCUGUACGAUAUGAGCAGAGUUUCUGAUUCACCUGGGCUGCACUUGUGAUCCUCGUGUAGUUAGUUUGCUUUGAUUGCUGUAUGUUUGUUCUUGGUUAGGUCACUGAACUUUAUGUU